AUGGCUCAAGCGAUUUCACAGGUGUCUGCUACACAAUCCCAUUCUCGUAAAGAAGAGAAACUGCCAAAGUUCAAUGGUUGUUCAGAAGAUUGGCCACUAUUCAAAGCUGAGUUUGAUCGAUCAACUAAAGAGUACAAAGUUGACAAUUCAAUCAUCAUUCGAAGAUUAAGAGAAGCUUUAAAAGGAGAUGCCUUGGAGACAGUUUCAUUCCUGCUACCAAACAUCGAUAAUGUAGAAAGCAUCAUGAAGACCCUAGAAGAUAGGUUUGGACAACCAAAGUUUGUGAUUGAAGGGUUAUUAACUAAAGCAAGAGCAGCUCCUUCUCCAUCAGUAACCAAACCUGAAGCAACAAUCAAAUUCGGAAUCGCCGUUCAAGCAUUAGUGGCAAGCAUCACGUCUUAUAAAAGUAGCCAGUAUCUAUAUUCCAUUGAAAUCCUGAGCACUCUGGUCAAGAAGAUGUCGAUAGAAAUGGAAACUGAGUGGUACACCUGGCUUCGACAAGACACCUCAAGAGAAGAGAAUCUGAAAUAUUUUUCACAAUGGAUUUCUAUAAAACAGUCUGUAGCGUAUCUUGUGUCAACUCCCACUACAGCUUCUGAAAAUACAAAAGACAAAGAUAGAAAGAAGAAGAAGACUAAUCAUGGAACAGUAUCAACGAACCCCAAGCCGGAUCGAAAAGAAUACUGUGUGUACUGCAAAAUUGAAAAUCAUCAUGUAAGUGACUGUCGAAAGUUUUCUGCACUACCAAUUAAGGAAAAAGACGAGUUUGUAAAGAAGAAUCGUAUGUGCUUUCGCUGUUUAAAGAAAAAUCACACAGUCAAAAAUUGCAAAUUAAGAAUGACUUGUAAAGUUGAAGGAUGUAGAGGAAGGCAUCAUACAUCCCUACAUGAUAAUUCAAGAUUCGAUGAAGUUCAAGAAAAUGGUGAAGCUAUCCUUCAAGAUCAAUCAAAAUCUCAACCUCCUUCAGCCCCACCAGCUACUCAUAUGCACUACCAUCAGAGAUCAGCAGUUACAGAUACAGACGAUGAAGUUGAAGAAACGUUAUUAUGGUAUGCCCCUGUUCAACUUAAAGGAAUUAAUGGAACCACAAUUUCCGUCAUUGCUAUGUUUGAUACGGGAGCUCAAAAGACUCUCAUUCUGGAAGAAAAUGUGAAGAAACUUAGUAUAGAUGGUAGAUGGCGAGAUCUUUCACUUGGAUGGUUCAACGGACAAGAUAACACGGACCCAUCAAUGACAACGAGAAUAGAGAUCUCAGGCGACUUUCCAAAUGCAAAGACUUACAUUUUGAAGUGUCAUACAGUCCCAGUAAUGAAUUUGCCGUCUCAGACCUAUUCUGCUUCAGAGCUAAAGAAGAAGUAUCGUUACUUACGAAGAGCACCUUUCCCAUCACUGAAGAAUGCAACCCCAUCACUGAUAAUUGGAAAUGAUAACAUCUCCUUGUUCCUGUCACGAGAUUACAUUGAACAAUCUCCUGAUCUACCAAUUGCUGUGAAAACAAAGUUAGGAUGGACUCUUGCUGGAAAUGGUGAAAUGUUAACUGGAGGAAAACAAGGAAAUUUCUCUAUUUUCACUCGCAAGAAAACUAACAACGAAGAUCUCUCUGAAGUCAUGAGUGACUUCAUUGCAGCCGAAGAUUGUACAACAUUCAAAUCUGCGACACCAAUGUCAAAAGCGGAUGUGGAAGCUUUGAAUAUUUUGGAAGAAACAACGAUUAAGAAAGAAGGGCGUUGGGAAACAAGCUUACUGUGGAAAAAUGAUGUUCUACCUUUACUUUCGUCUGAAGAAAUGGUAAGAAAGAGACUGUUAACCAUGGAAAGCAAAGCCGAUAAGGAUCCACCUUUUGUUAAGUUAUACACAACCAAUUUCGAAGAAUAUAUCUCAGCUGGAUUUCUCCAAAAGGUUAAAGUAUACCCUAACGAAACAGAAGACAAGCGAUGGUACCUACCUCAUUUCUUUACCUUUCACCCGAGUACAAAGCCAAUACUUGUAUUUGAUGCAGCUGCAAGAAGUAAAGGAAAGUCAUUUGAUGAUUUCGUUUACACUGGACCUGAUCUGCUACAACUUGCUGUUGUUCUUAUGAGAUUCCGAAAACAUCGAUUUGCUAUUUCUGGAGACAUAAAACAGAUGUUUCACCAAGUUGCACUGAGAAAAGAAGAUCGACCAGCCCAGACGCUUUUGUAUCGUGAAAUGAAUUGUAAUCGAGAGCUCCAACUUCACAUAUGUUGCUUUUGUGAUGCUAGCGAAGAUGCGUUUGCAACUGUGGCUUACGUACGAGAUCAUGCGAGAGGGAGCUUAAGCGUUUCAAUCAUCGCAGGAAAAGAAAAAGUAGCAAAAGCCAAAGGAAUGCCAAUACCAAGAUUGGAACUCGAUGCUGCUAUUAAAGGAGCCAAGUUGAAGGCGUAUGUGGAAAAAGCUUUUGGACACGAACUUAACUUUGCAAGCUCUUUUCUAUGGAUUGAUUCAAGAACUGUAAUGUGUUGGUUGACUUCACGAACGGGAGAAUUCAGCCAAUAUGUAAACAAUCGAGUAAACCUUAUUCUGGACUACUCUACGUUGGAUCAGUGGAAUUGGAUCAACACGGAGGAAAAUGUUGCCGAUGAUGCCACACGCUUAAGAGGCUCAACAAAGAUGUCAACUUCUUGUCGUUGGCUCAAUGGAAGCAGUUUUUUAAAAUUAAAGGAGAAUAAAUGGUCAAGGAUUUCGACAUUACCAACCGCUGAUGAUAGUCUACUUGAGAAACGGGCAAUAAUCAACUUCAUUCACGAGAGGGAGCCGUUACGGAAAAUGCCUCUUCCGGAUGUCAAGAAAUAUUCAACGUGGACUAAACUGAUUAUGAAAACAGCAAGCUUCAUCAGAUCUUUUCGAUUUAAGAUUCAAAAAGUUGGAGAAAAUAAUGUGAGCCUUGCUGAUGUGAAACGAGCUGAGCUAUUUUGGGUGAAACAAGUUCAACUGAAUUGUUUUGCUGAAGAAAUAAAACAGUUGCUCCAGAAAGGAACCGUCUCCACUAAAAGUAAGCUUUAUCAAUCCAUUCCAUUUUUGAAUGAAAACGGAGUCAUGGUCGUGGAAGGAAGGCUAAGAAAGUGCGAUAGAGUUCCAGAUUAA